AUUCGAACCCUAAAAUGGAGCGAUGCACGACGAACAUGUCAGAUGCUUGGAGGAGACCUCGCCAUAAUAAAAUCAGCGGAUGAGGAUAACUUCAUAUUCACCUUAUUCAAGAAACAGAAAACCAUCACCGAUGGGGGUGUGUGGCUUGGUUUUGUCCGCAAGGCGGACAACAAGUUCUACUGGAUUGAUGACACUCCACUGGCAAAAGGUUACACGGCUUGGGCACGCGGCGAACCAAACAAGGUGAUCGAAAAGUGUGGAAACAUGUUUGGCUCGCCACACCGCUAUGGAGGCAAGUGGAACGACAUACCUUGCGAUCUCGAUCCGGCAAAGCAUUGGAGGUACGCUCCAGUUAUCCUUUGCAAGAAAAAGCAAAUUGGGUGACUUGCGUCCCUUGAGUCAAAUAUAGUAGAGCACUUUGCUGUAAUGCCAUUAAAUAACCUAAAUAACACGACAUAAAUCAAAACUAAGAAACGAUUUUGGGCAAGGAUGGGUUGCGCACUUCUUGUAGUAAGAAUUGUUUGUCAAAUGAAGCUGAUCUAGAUUGAAAAUAGUUUAAUUAAAAUCAAAAAUAAAAUGGCGGUUACACUAAAAAAAUGCUGUCCUUUCGUUUAUGCUCUUUACUUGCUACUUUAACUAGAUCGGGUGUCUUUCUGUUGAGGGUACAUAACUAUUUCUGGACAUAGAAGGAUAAUAGCGAUCUCAGGCUAGCGGCACUACGAAAACAUGAUUAUCAACACGAGUUGCCUACUACAAUAAGCGCCCAGAAAAUUAAUAAAAAUAUAAUAAUAAACGAAAAAAAAGCUUUCUUGUUUUAACACAAAAACGUUUUGAUAGUUUGACCACCUCAGUGCUACGAAUCAAACUUGAGAAAAGAGUAAGUAAUGUAUAGGCCUAGUGUCCUUCUGUUUUUUUUUAUUAUUAUAUUUUGUUUUUGUUUGUUUUGUAGGAAGCCUUUUAAUUAGCCUGAAUUUCAUCCGAUUACUUCGAGUCGUUAUUAGCUCCCUCAGUGACGUCUGAAUCGACCGGCCGUCAGUGCCGUCACUACUACUUUGCUUUAAUUCAUACAAAAAGUAAAGCACGAUUUUCAAGUGGCAAACGAAGAAAUAUCGUGUGGAAAUGUCUACAGGAUACAGAAUUGCUUUUCUCUUUUCGAUCGUAAUUCACGUUAAACGUUCAAACUAUCAACUGCAUGCAGUAGUGAAUAACUCUGAACCUAUUGUAAUUCAAUAAUCAAACUCGGUCGCAAUCACGCAAAGAAAUAAAUACACAUCUCUCAAUUUAAGAAAACGUUUUCUUAUUUCACGAUAAUUUAAAACAAAUCAUAGGAUAAGAACUCUUUUUUCUGUAAUUUAAACAGGUAGAUUUGAAUUUAGGAGAACAAAAUCUUAUUCUGUGAUUAGUUUUAAAUUUUUUCUUAAAAUAAGAAAUCUCCAUUUUAGGGUAACAUACGGAACACUUAGUUCAAAAACACAACAAUUUCCUUUAAUUGAAAAGAAGCUAUUUGGUCCUUAACAAAGAAAAAAGAAAACAAUGAAACAAGAAAGGAAAGCUAACAGAAUCAUUACACUUGACGGUGAAAAUAGCAAGAAGCUCGAAUUAUAAUAUUGACCUCAUAAAACUUCGCAUAAACAAAAUCACUGCGAAAACCACAAAGCGUCUCUAAAUGAAAAACCAACCGACUUAACAUUGAACAGGAUAAAAUACACAAAGCCUCGUUAAUCAAGCAAGAAACUGAAUGAAUUGAAUGAUUUUGCUGCUUUUCCUAACUCCUUGUAUUUUGGAGUAAUUCUCAUAGGGGGCAGUCUAUUAGACGGGAGUGUUUAUUAGAGAAGGGCGUCUAAUAAAAUUUUAACAGCGUAGAGGGCGUGUUUAUUAGAUAAGAGGCGUUUAUUUGGGAGUGGGCGUCAAUUUUACGGUACAGAGAAGACCUCGUUCCCAGGGUCCUUUCACCGAGAGCUAGUAACUAGUGAUUGACAUAACGAACGUACAUUCAAGGCCUGUGUGCAGGUGUUUUCCGGGGGGGGAGGGGGAUUGGAGAGCACUCUAAUCCCAUUAGAUUUUCCUGCAUGAAGUUUUUCUCCCCCUCCCCUCUCAUUUCUCCCAACCAAAUCUGCCUCUACUUUUAAAAACUGAGCGCUUGGGCGCCCGAAAACAUACACCAACACUGCAAGCUACAAUGCGCUCAUCUCGGCUUUCAUCUCAUAAAGGUCUCCUCCGCCUUUUUGUCACUUCAAUGGCGAGUGGUAAGGCCCCUGGGAUUGAUAAAAUCCCAAUCCAUGUGAUCAAAGAUUGUUUGCCUGCUAUCUUGCCAUCGUUAACGUCUAUUAUUAAUGCUACCUUUGAGUUUGACACCUUCCCUUUGGCCUGGAAAACAGCUGAAGUGACACCGAUACUCAAGGCUGGAGACCACGAUAUUCCAAACAAUAAUAGACCGAUUUCAUUACUCCCUGUCCUUUCUAAAGUCUGUGAACGUGUCGCUCACAAUCAACUUACGUCAUAUCUACUUUCGAGAGGCCGUUUAUCAUCCAAACAAAGCGGAAAUAAACAGUGGCAUUCAACGGAAACAUCUGUCAUUCAAACAACUGACGAAAUCCUAAAUGCCAUUGACAAAAAGAAACUGACUGCAGUUGUCCUUCUUGAUCUAAGCAAAGCUUUCGACAGUAUUGACCAUCAAAUACUCCUCGCUAAGUUACAGGACAUUGGUGCGUCCAGACCUGCGAUAAAAUGGCUCGGAAGCUAUUUAACCUCGCGAUACCAAUUUGUGCGAAUAAAUACAACUCUGUCGACCAAACUACCUGUUAGCUCUGGCGUUCCACAAGGGAGCAUCCUUGGCCCAUUACUCUUUAACAUCUACGUUAAUGAUCUCCCUUCUGUGCCAGAAAAUUGUACAUCGCAGUGUUACGUCGACGAUACCAAACUUCUCAUGUCAUUUCAACUCCGCGAUCAGCACGAAACGAUAGAAAAAAUGAACAAGGACUUGUUAAGCAUUAGGAAUUGGUGCUUUGAUAAUCAGCUUUUACUCAACCCAGAUAAAACAAAACUAGUGAUAUUCGGCAGCCGGCAAAUGACUGCUAAGGUUAGCGAAUUUAGGCUAUUUCUAUUGGGGAAGGAACUCGAGCCCGUUAAGGCUGCAAGAGACCUUGGUGUCACACUGGACUCUAACUUAACAUAUAAUGAGCAUAUUGUUUCUACUGUAUCCUCAUGCAUGUCACGUUUGGGCCAAAUUAACCGCGUUAAGCAUAUUUUUAAUAAACACGCGCUAAUUAUUAUUAUAAAUGCCUUAGUAUUUAGUAAAUUAUUCUAUUGCUCUUCUGUUUGGAGCAAUACUACUCAAACUAAUCUGGACAAGCUCCAAGCAGUACAGAAUUUCGCUUGUCGUAUUUUGAGCGGCGCUAAAAAAUUCGAUCACAUAACUCCUUUGCUGAAAGACUUGCGCUGGCUACCAAUCAGGCAACAACUUUAUUUUCGUUUUGCUGUUCUGGUUUUUAAGUGCAUGACGAGUUGUGCUCCGGAGUAUUUGAUAUCAAAGCUCGUUGGAAGAUCCGCCGUCUCGACAAGGAACACGAGAAAUUCUCAACUUUUGAACAUACCACUCUUCCGCACUGCCAGCGGCCAAAGGACCUUUCAAUAUAGAGCAACCUCUCUCUGGAAUGAGUUGCAGCCUGCGCUCAAACUUAGCCCAUCCGUGACGGAAUUCAAGUGUUCACUCAGGCAAAAGCUUCUUAAUGACUGCUUUAUUUAAUUAAUUUAAUUAAUUUUAUUGACCUUUGUCUUCUUUUAUCAUUGUUAUAUUCUUAUUGUCAUGUACUUGGUUUAUAAUUUUGUAAUGUAAAAUUGACUCUGAAAAGCCCCGUGGGGACGAGCCAAUAAAGUAUGUAUGUAUGUAUGCCUGCGUGGGUCUCUUUGGGUUCUCUGCCGCCUUUCGAAUUAACACUCAAGUCUCACUGGACCCCUAUAUUAGUUCUGGUUAGUUCAGUUCCUAAGAUUUCUUUGGGGAUCUACUUCAAGCGUUUGAAACUGUUCGACUGGUUUGACAACUUGGGAACACAUCAUCUCAAACCGGCUCCUGAGCGUUCAGACAAUUACUACGCAAAAAUCUCUUACAGUCGAAACAGCGCCCUUUUUACUUGCAAAGUCCGCAACUGAUCUCACCACUAUCGCCACUUUGUUGAACAGCGAGAAGACUGAGUAAGCUAUUGUGAAGAAAACUGGUCGUUAACCGAUCGAAUCUGUUUCCUUCAUGCAGGAAUCACAAUUUGUGGAAGAUAGGGUUAACUCUGAGUGGUAAGAGCUAGAGAUCAUCCCGGAACUUCCCAGUCAGCUUCAGCCAUUGUCAGCCUAGUCCCAAGGCGUUCUCUCUUGCCCCGUUGUCGAGCCGAGAACGCCUGGGAACUAGGCUGAGCCAUUGUAUAACCGGGGAAUCAGGGAACCACAAAAGGCAAACUAAGUAAAGAACCUCCGGGCUAGAUGUACUGUUGUUCUUUCGACUCAUUUAUAAGGUCUGAUAAUCGGAUAGAGGCAGUUCGCGGGUGAUUAUGGUCGACUAUAGCGGCAAAGAGACCAUGGAGGGCACAUAUAAAUGUAAAACCGCGUAACACCUAAGAUAUAGAUGGUGGAACAGGGAAUAUGAGUAUAUAUUUUAAAAACUAGAAUCUCAACCGACAAUGAGCGUAAGCUAUAGUACAAGGAAUCAGUGAGAGUUAAUUUUCGCUUGCACCAUUUGCGAUAUACAAAGGGCCACACUCCACAACAUUAUUGGUAUCAUAAUGCAGUCCGCAAUUCUUGCUUAUCCGUGGCCAUUUUAAGGUAUUUCUCACUAAGCUGCAGCACAACGUUAUAAGGUGAAGGAAGCUUGCAAAUUGAGAUCGUCAAGUUCAUUUUAUUCAAAAAGUAGCUCAUUUCUUUAAAAUAUUUACAAAAAAUUUUACAGAAUUGAAGUAGUCUCACUAAAGUCUUUAUCAUUAUCACUUACAAUUCUCGUGACAAAAGAGCUAAUUAAUUCUAUUUCUCUUUGAUUUAGUGAACUAAAUAAUUUUUUUUUCAGUUCCCCAUUAUUUUUUACGUAUAAAUAAAUUAACAUUUUAGCAUUCUGUCAGGAAAUAUCUUUAAUUUAAAAUAUUUAAAUAUUCAAGUUUCAAUGUUCAGUAACACUGACUGAGACAACUUGAUUCCGAUAGAUAACAGCUCAGUAUGUCCUUGAAAAGUGUCUUCUUUUUCACCUUGAGGUAAAAAAAAAAUUUCUUCCACUUUUUGCACACUGUCGCGCGAAGCUGUUCUUGCUUUUCAGUAUAGGGGAUGGGGGGAGGGGGGAGGGGGAGGGGGGCUUAUUCACUUUUCUCCUCUGAAAGGGGGGGGGCUUAUUAGAGAGGGGGGCUUAAUGUAGGAUUUACGGUAGGUAUUGAAACUGUUUCCUGUCGUUCGUCUGUUGCUACGGAUGGUCAGCAUGGACAUGGAUUGAAACUUGAAACACAUGAGCCAAUUAUUAUUAUUAUUAUUAUUAUUAUUAUUAUUAUUAUUAUUAUUAUUAUUAUUAUUAUUAUUAUUAUUAUUAUUAUUACUAUUAUUAUCAUUAUUAAUAUUUUCAAUUAUUAUGGUUAGCUCUCCUUGAUGGAAAUUUGUUUGGUAUCUUUUUUGUACCUAUACAGGUUGGAAGUCCAGUUGUGUGGAGGAUAAAGGCACGAAGUAAUGACUUAAUCACAGAAUUGACCUAGAAGAGCAAUACCCUCGUGGCAUAGCCCCUUUAAACCCUCAAUAACACCACUGGUUAUCUUCACUCUCAACAAAAGCCAGAAAAUACAUGCCGCUAAAAAAAUAUAGUUUAGUUGGAUUAUUAAAUACUCUGGGGAUUUACAGAGCGGCUUUCAGUUGCGAGGCAAUAGUAAUUUCGUUCUUUUUUUCUGUCUUGUACUUCUAAGUUUUGUGAUUGGCUGAAAAAUCUCGUGUUACUUAACCAAUCAAAAGUCACAUUAAAACCAAUCGUGACUUAAGCGCGUUUUCCCGCGCUUAACAACGGCGACACGUCUUCGCAAUCAAUUUGUCCUGUGAUUAGUUUCAAUUUUACGAAAUUUGCCUUAAAUAGCCUAACAUUACUCCUUGUCUGUAUGGGGCACAAAAUGAAUCAAGUAAUUCCAGCGGACGUGCAACUUUCAUAAGAAAAGAGACACUUGUUCAAGUUUCAAAAGACUAGCAGGAGAGGUUUGUCCAGUUUAAAAUAACGAGAAGUUACCGAAUGAUUUUAGUCUGAGGGACCGUUCGUUUUUAAUGGGGGAGGGGUGGGGGGCUGGUGGGAUUCGACGGGUAACUCCUGUAGUAUAUGAUGACCCCCCCUCUUCUUGAGAAGUUUUUUUGGCGCACCCGCACCAAUGUGUCCCUAAUUUAUAGAGAUGACCUCUCCCCCCUCCCCCCAAAGAAAAAAGAGAAAAGAAAAAAAAGAAAGAAAGAGAGACCGAACAAAGAAAAAAAUGAAAAUUUGUUAUUUUUACCUUAUGAAACGUUCGAUUUGGUAUUCUUUUACGCUUUUCUGCAUGUUAGUGAGGUACGCUGGUUUUUGGCAUUCUGGUAGGCUGUUUGCAUUAUUACAAAUGCCGUCACUGCAAAAUUUGAACAAAUUUUUUGGUGACGACCCCCCCUUUAAACUCAAUAUUCCUUCCUUUUAACCUCCCUUUUCAAGCCAUAUUUCUUUCAUGCCCCACCCCCCGCCCCCGCUACCUGAUAAAAAAAAAAAAAUGAACAGUCCCUAAAAAAAGACAAUUGCGAGUUUUCAGGGGUGCAGCCGGGAACGUUCAAGCAAUACGCACAUUGUUCCAAAUUUUCCCCAACUACGUUUCCUAAAUCGUGUCCACGCGGGUAACUCGAUUUUCUUUGCGUUAUGAAUCAGUAUGCGAUUCAUAUUGAAGGAAUAGAUCUAUGAAAUUGUUUCAUAAAAUUUUCACUACAGUUCUGAAUCAUUCUGGUCUGGAAAUUCGGAGGAAAAAUUAAAAUAACUAGUAUUAAGUAAAAAUGAGCUUUGAUUUCACACUCGUACAUGUGUGGAUGAUGAUGAUGACCGACUCCAGUCGGCAAAGCUGUGGUGUUUCCACUCCCUGGACUGUGCAUACCUCCAUGGCUAAAACCACAUCAGUGGAUGAGAAUAGCAAAAUGCAACAUGUAUUGAAGUCAAAAAACGCGCCGGUUAAGCAGCAACGAUCAGCAAAUAGCAAAGGAAGGCAUAUUGUGAAGCAGUGAGAUAUGUUUUGCGGUUACAAGCAAAGUGCAGCCAAGCAGAAUCAAUAGCAUCAAGAUUACAAAAAAUAAUUACCAAAUAAAAUAACAAUUAUCCUUAUUAUCCUGACCUGCCUAGUUUAAGGGCCUUUAAGCUCUGAGGCCUGACCUGAGCUGUCUAUGAUGUGACCGAAAGAAAAAAUGAAAUCGAAAGUCAAAGACAUUACAAGAUCAGGUUCGAUUUAGUAACCUUGCACGCUAGACGCGUGGCUCUGUGUAGCAAGCUUUUCGAGUCUAUCACGUCAUGCCCGGAUCACAAACUCGUGCCUGUCUUACCUCCUAAGAGAGAACACAGACAUAAUCUAAGACAGUCCAGGGCUUAUGCCAUGCCUUGUACACAUACAAAUCGUUUUAAGAACACUUUUAUUCCUAGUAUGUGUACAUAAAUUUUUAGACUAGUUUGUACAUAGUUAUAUUUAGAGAGUUUUUCGCUUUUUUCAUAGAAAUGUUUUUUGUUAUAAUUUCAAUUAGUAUUUAUUUUUUUGGAAUUUAUUUAUUCUUAGUUUUAAGUAAUUGUAACGCAAUUCAGUCUACGGACUGCCAUGUUCGAUAUUUUAAUAAACUAUCUAUCUAUCUAUCUAAGAGUUGAAGUUGAAGUCAAUUCAUAGCGGACAGUAUGAAUCUUCAACGGCAUUUAGAAAUCAUCGAUUCCCUAUGUGUCGAAACCGCGCGACAUUACAAGAAAACGCCAUGUUAGGAAAGUUCAAUGGUGGAAAAUCUCAGGGUCAUAACUUCACGGAGACGAGGUGCCAUUAUGGCCACUCUAGAAACAACAACAACGUGUAAUGACACGUUUCCGUGUCCAAGGAAACCAAGCGAUUCGUGGUCAAGGCGUGGUAGACCAAAUACGUUCAGAUUCAAAGCCAACACAUUCACAUCGGACAGUCGUUUUCAUCAACAUCAACCUCAGCUGAACGACUUCCAAAACAUUUUUUUCUCCGCACAGUGAGUUGGGCAUGGUUUAUCAUCCCUUUCUGGUGUAACCCAAAAACGCGGCUUUCUUGAAGGAAAGAAGGUGGUGACAAGAGACGACGGGAGUUUCAAGCCAUGAUCGAAGAGCUCCUUAUUCUCAAUCCCAUGGCAUUAACUUUGCUUUUACUGGGAUGAAAACGAAAAUGCAAGAAAGAUCAAGCAACAUUAAAAGCACCAUUCGUUUAGCUGGAGCUACAUCAGUUCUGUAUACGGCAUUGCAUACUGCCAUUACUCGUUGAUUUCCCAUGACAUCCAGCUAAAUAAGUAUAGUCAAAAACUCCCAUGCAUGGACACUGACAGUAAAAUAACGGUUCCCGCUUUUUUAGGGUCUUUGACUCUAUAAAACGAAAACCUCUCCAAGACGGACACUCACCAACUGGUCCAAGAAGCCAUUUUUGUUACCAUUUUCGCGUUGUCAUAAAACAUCAACAGGGACAGUGGAAUUGAAAUUCCUUACGUGUGGAUACCUACAAUCAGACAACAUGGCAACCGAUCUCUACCACAGCGGACCGCUGAGGGAUCAGUUACUUCCUCUCACAGUGCCAACAAUUCUUUGGAUCGAAACCCACCAAUCAUGAGCGAGGUUUGUGAUACACCAAUCACUAACAACCACGAUGGUACAAAUAGUUCGACUCAGUAAAUCAACACUAUCACCUGAUGAAGACCUGCAGUGUGUGGUCGAAACGUCGUGAUCAAUAUCAAAGUGACAAUCGUGAGACAAAUGAUAAAACUAAACCCUUUAUAUUUUCGCGUUGUUCGUAAUUGUAAAAAAAAUCGCGAAAUCAAAAACCCGCGCAAUUUAAUAGCUACAUAGGAAAUUCAAAUCAAAAUUAACUUGUAAUAGCGCAGCAUAUACAGGAUCAUGUAUUGACAAAUAAGCAAAUUGCUAACUGGCUUUACUGGUAAACUCCAUUUUGUAUCUUCAGUUGUGAAAUAGCUUUGGUUUGCAAAGAUUGCAUACAUUGCUUGUUCCAGUUUAUCAAGAAAUUUUAAAGGGCCAGACUUUCUUAAAAAAUAAAUGAAAUUGAGAACGCUUAAAUCGCAAAAUUUAAUGCCCUUUUUCAUAUGAUGAUGCAAAUGAUGUGCAAAAUGCUACGCACAGGAGUCUUUCGCGCAUUUUUGUACAUUGAUUUCGUUGCGUACAGCGCUGCGUUCAAGCAGUGUUAGCUAUGUAGCCGGUCUUUUGUGCAAACAUUGCACACCAGAUUUGCGACAACGUUGCUCACAAAGUAAGUUACGCCCAACGUUAUACAAUGUUACACAAUUAUUGGAACUAUAUUGUUCACGUUUGACAAUAUUGAGGUCAACGUUUCUCCCAAUGCUAUACAUGUAAAAUUUUGCACAAACGUAGUGCACUGUACUUCACAUAUUUGUGCAACAAACUGUUUUUCAUAAUGUUGCACAAAAUAUUGUGCAAAAUUCACAAUGCAUUACGUUGCACGUGACGUUAUACAAACUGUUUAUCACAAUGUUAUGCAGUGUUUGCAAAACGUUAAACACAACGUUGUAAAAGCCAUUGUCGACAAUGUUACGCUCAACCUUGCACACAGUGUUAUUUAGUGUCGCACAAAUGUUGUAUACUAUAUUGUACAUAGUAAUGUGCAACCUGUGGUUCACAAUGUUGCGCAAAAUGUGAACAGAAUUCACAAUGCGUUACAUUGCACGCAACGUUAUACAAACUGUUUAUCACAAUGUUGUGCCGUGUUUGAAAAACGUUAAACACAAUGUUGUGCAAGCAGUUGUCGACAAUGAUACGCUCAACCUUGCACGCACUGUUAUCCAGUGUCGCACAAAUCAUAGUUAUGCAAAAAUGUUGUGCACUAUAUUGUAUAUAAUAGUCUGCAACCUGUGGUUUACAGUGUUGCGCAAAAUGUGAGCAAAAUUCAAAAAUGUGCAUUGUUCUGCAAAAUAUUACACGUACAAACUGUUGUUGACAAUGCUGUGUUCAACGUGCACAAAAUGUUAAAAAAAUCGCAAAAGUGUCGUGAACAAUGUUGGAAACAGUAUUCGACAAACUGCUUUUCACUCUGUCGUACAAAAAAAGGGUACAACGUUGUCUCAUGUACCAUAGCUUCCUCUGCCUAGGUCUUCUAAGUAAAUGGACUGUCUAACUGACUACAAUUUACGAUUUGUCCUCUGAACUAUUAUACAGUUAUAUGUUCACAUGAGUAUACACCCGCUUUCACUCACAACGGCAAGUUGUCAAAAAAAUAUAUACUUACUCUCCCAAAGAAUUGCAAGGAUGAAAUAUCUGGACCAGCUGAACUGCGAUUCCAUUGGAUAAUUUAUCGGUAAAACUCAUGGCUCCAUACACAAAGGCACCUGUUUCCUGUCAAAUCCGAAAUAACAAUAUUAGAACAUUUUAUGUGCAAUAUGCUGAAUUCAAAACACUUUGAUUCGGUCGUUACCCAUACAUUCAUGAGAUAGUCUACAAAGUUAGGUAAUGCUAAGGAUAUGAACAACACAAAAGGGAAAACAAACUAUGAUCAGUUUGCUAAACUUGAAAACGUUGGCGCAAAUAUUUCAAGUUGCAAUCCGUUUCCAUCCGGGCCAUCGAAAGGCAAAGACAUGCACAUUUAGUUGAGGUUUAGUUGUAGUGUAAUUUUAAAUGAAACUAAACCUUUAUGUCAGGCUUAUAUUUGAUUCUCGUGGCAAAACAUCAUAACAUACAGUAAAAACCCACGACUAAGAACCUUGCAUUUUCUCACGUUAGCCUAAACAGAUUGUUACAUAAAUGGUAAGUAGCAAAAAUUUAGGCUAUUUAGGGUCUUAAAUAGGUUCUUAUUUUCAAAAGAAAUGAAUACAUUCUAGCUAAGAGUAUUUGGUGGUAUUCAACUCACUCCUUAUGUAAAACCUGCAUACAGUCCAUUACAUUGCAGUUGGAGUAAUAAGCACCCUCCCGUCUCCAAAGAGGAUACUGAAUGUUGACGUAUCUUGUUUGCCCAAGUGUAAAGAUUUUUUUAACAUAGAUUUUAGAAAACAAGAAACUGUUUCAAAUUUUAGGGUUAACCGGUUCUUCUAUAGAGGGGGCCUAACCGGCAAAUCUUUAGCAUGACAGGUUCUAAAAAAACGAGGUUCUUAAUCGCGGGUCUUAACUGUAACUCAUCUAAGUUCCCUAUUACUCGUCUUAUCACAACGCCUUCAACGGGCAAACACACGUACCACAUUCUCCCCAAUAAGAUCUGCUAACAUUGUCAGGGCAGUAACUGGAAGCGUGGAUCCACCAACACCUAACAGCACUGAUACUCCAUAUGUUUGUAAGAGGUGGCCCUUUUGAAUAAACCACAUCCAUAAACUGGGGAUAAAUAAGAAAAUAUACCAAAAAGAUCAGUGUGAUACCACAGGAAGCCGUUUAUAUAUAUCAAAAAUAACAACGGUCCUAAAAUUGAUCCUUGAGGUACACCAGAAGAAAUUGGCAUGGUGUCAGAGAUGUUACCAUUUACAAAAGCUCUUAGCUUUCUUUUAUUGAGAUACGAUUUGAACCAGUCGAUAUGAGGUUUUUGAAUGCCAUAGAACGAUAGCUUGGAUAAAAAAAUCGAAUGAUUAACGGUAUCUAAUGCUUUACUCAAAUCUAAAAAUAUUGAUACAGCAUAAUCUCCUUGAUCUAGAGAGGUAGAGAUUUCUUCAAUGAGAUCAACAAAGCAGUCCACAGUGGUACUGCCUGGCUUAAACCCAUAUUGAGUAGGAGUAAUGAUAUUUUCAGACGAAAAAUAAGAUAUAAGUUGAUUAUAAAUACAUUUUUCAAAAACUUUACUUAAUACUGGAAGAACUGAUAUUGGUCUAUAAUUAUCACACAUCCUAGUCACCAUAGUCACCCAAGUCAUUCAAGUCGUUCUAGAUACGUCAGUAAUCUUACAGCUGUACUUAUGCCAGUCAUAUUGACUGGGUUUUCUUUAUCAUUAGAGCUUUUUAUUCCACUGUAUUUAAAUUUUUUACUUUGAACUUUUUUAGGUAUGUAGAUGCGUACAAUGCAAACAGGUAGCUACAUUUUACAACAAGUCUCCUGAAGUUGUUCCAAGGUACAUGAAGAAUAACUGUUUAAUGUAAGACUCACCUUUUGGUUCUGUCUUCUCUGUGUUGCUCUUCAGAGAAGCAACUGAUCAUCAAGAACUGAUCUAAUCUGUUGGUCCUCUCUAGACUGGAGGCUUACAGCUGUUACCAAACAAAACUCAUCAAAAGAAGUGGAAAUCAAAGAGUCACAGCCACAUGUAAAAUAAAAAGGGAUAGUAUUGAAUAGCACAAUGGAACUGAUCGAUUAGCCCAGUUUUUUGAUAUAUUGGCCCUGGUUUUCUGUCUGGGUCUUACAUUUAGCAAGAGUGUGUCAAAGGGUUCCAUUCCUGGCCAAAUCAACACUUAAAGCCCAUUAUUUAAACGAGGUCUAAACUGCAUUUUAACAGACUCAGGGGAUUUCAGAUCUGUUUAUAAAGUGUUGAUUUUAAGAUUAUAACCCGCUUUCUACUAUAAUAUGCUGUAAGCCUCCUUGACCCUCUCAACAAACAGCAAACAAUGCUUUGAGGUGAGGGCUGGACAAUAUUUUAUAUUGACUGACCCACAGAAGGUGGUUUUGUCAAAGAGUAUCUAAAGUCUGUUUUGUUAACUGGGCCUUAUAGAAAUAGCUGAAGAGAAAGUGCUGCCUUUUUUCUGACAUCUGCAAUGGGUUAGAUGUUCCAGUGUUCUCAGAUGAAGCUGAAAAAGGCAGCACACAACCAUUUCACUGAUCUGACUAAUGUCAUGCAAAAAAGAACAGCUCAGUGGCUACAAUCUUGUACAAAAUUAUGUUGAGAAAUGUCUAGUUUUAAGAUAAAGCUCUUGAAAGCACCGACAACUACAAAUACUCCCCCCUUCCCCCCAAAAAAGCAAUGUUGAAGUCCGGCUAGAUCAUUUCUGAUUCCGAUUCAACAACUUUGACCAGUAUGGGGCAAGGGGAGGGACCACAGUGGUACCAAAUCCAUGGGAUAGGCAUUCUGUAGGUAAGAAUGUGCAAAAUUCUGAACACUUUUUGUCCGAGAUUGUAGGUACCUGCUGACAGUCUCUCAGGCAGUGACAAGGUCCAGUGGUUAUCUUUCCAGAAGUAUGGACUGGGUAGGAAGGGGAGGGUACAGACCUCACCUGUGACCUUAGAGUCUUUAUGCCUGUUUUCAUUUCCAUUGGGCAGGUCUGCACCCAGAAAAAACUAGCAAAUAAAGGAAAGACGGGGGAGGAGGUAAAAGGGGGAGAAUAUUGGUGAUAAGAUAAAAGAAGAAUGGCACCAAGAGGUAUAAGGUAGUGGAUAGACAUGGUGCAGACAUUGCUUCGAAAAAAGUGAGGUGGCAUUAGUAAGUGGAAUAAUAAAAAGGAAACAAGGAAAGGGUAAAAAGGUGGUACAGGUAAUAACAAAUCUAACAAAAUGGGGCAAAAAUAAAAACAAAGUGUUGAAUGGAAUAUGAUGGAAUAUGACAAUAAAAACAAAAUUGAGAAGGGAAACAAGGAAAAAAAGAAAGAGUGGAGUACUAGAGUCAAAGGAAUAUAUUAAUGGAAACAAAAAAGGCCAGGAAAGGAGCGCAAAAAGGGGGCAGGAGAUCUGGAGUAGUAUAUUAGAGAAAGCAAAGGUUUAUAGUUUCGUUUUGGAAGGCCUUUCAAAACAGUUAAUUUCCCAACUGCUAUUGGCGCCUUUUUCGCUCACGUGUUAAUUACGUUGUUAGCUCAAGUUACACUCUAGCAUAUGCGUCUAGUUCUGAUAGCGUUGCUUAUUCUCCUAUUGUGCUUUAUAGGUGUGACUUAUAGCGAUAGUUUUAGCUUUUCUGCUUUUAGCCUUUUUUAGCCUUUCAUCUGUCUUAGCCUUAACAAUGUUUUAUAAGUUGUGAGACCAUAUUCCUAGUGAUUACGCAGCAAUGCAUGAAGGGCAAAAUGUUGACAAUGACCAAGGGGAAUUUCACGACAGUUUUCAGUACCAGCCACCGCGGCUCCGGUUCUGCCCUCUACUUUUCCGGGGACCCAGAUGAAUUCAAGUGCCCCAAAAGAAGACGUAGCUGCUCUAAUUAACCGCCACAAUAAAUUGCAUGUGUCAGAGCCAAGAAUGAAGCUCUUGAAUGGGAGACAGAAGUAGCUCGUCUAAAGGCCAAAUUAAUCACCCUACAGCAACAGAACACACUACUGCAAAAACGGAAACAGCCUCUUUCAAACCCUAAUCCUAUCAUCAAGACCCUUCGAGCCAAUCCUGCUCUCAAUGCACACGUGUCCAUAGAAUUGGAGCACCUUGGCUUCUUUUCUAGCAGUUCGGAUGAUGUCGAGAAUCCACCCACUCGCGGCUCUCAAGGUAACCCGUGUUUGAAAGCAGGGGAGACUAUUAAAUUAACUAGUCGGGUGAUAUUUCCCCAACUAUUGCCUCACAGCCAGGUAGGCCUAGUGUACUUGUCCCAGGACAAGGGAUAUAAGGAGCUCACAAUUGCAGAGUUUUCUGCAGGUUACGCCUCUAUUCUCCAACUGCCAUCAAUCUCGGACACGGAAAGGAACACCAGACUCGAUCACUUCAUUGGUUUAAUCUAUCUUGUUAUGCAAUUUACCUGGCGGGCUGUUCAUGAGUUCCACACUGCAAUGCUCUUCGAAAUCGAAUGCAGUCAUGCAUGGUGGGGUGAUUCCUUUUCCGACUUAGAAACUCGUCUUCUCCGCAACUCUUCGAGGUCGAUAGGGACUGUGAUCGCGAGUGGUCGGUGGUGCCAGUCUUGCGUUAUCAGGAUUUUCAGGAUAAAAAAUGUGGGCACUCGAAGGAUCACUAUGGCACAAUUCGGAACCAGACCAAGUAGCUACAGCACAUUUGUGCUAAAUGAUGGACAGUUUCCUCAAGUGAUUGCCAAGCAUUCGGAGUAUUCUGCCAAUUGUCCCAAGAAAAAUGUCAUUUUGGGGCUCGCCUAAGAUCAACCAUCUUCUGUCACACCACCUUCCUGACUCGUGACUUUUCGUUCUCAACUCACGAUCUUGGCUGGACUCUAGACUUUCAUCUCUAGACUUUACGUGGUUACACAUUUCUCGCCCUUUGCUAGACUCUAGACGUUCUUCUGGUAAUCUAGACUGUAAUUCGUCGUCUGACUCUAGACUUUUCACUUGGAACUCCGAAAUUAUCGCAACAUGUUGUUUUUCCCAUGGGCCUUCAUUAACUCCCAUAAAAACUGUGUAUUUUUACAUUUUUUCUAGCACUAGCUUCAACACAAAGCAUUUUGACUACCCAUCCUUCCCUAGCUCACCUCUCUUAACCCAAGCAAUUCUACAUAAUUUAAAAGUCUUAACUAAGCUACUUACUAUGUAGUUUCGUUAGCUAUAAAAUUUCCUUGUAAGCUUAAACCGUCACAUCUUACCUGCACUGUGAUCAAUAUUCUCCAUGCGAUUCAAGAUCAGUGCUUUGUCAUCACAGGUUCUUUUGUUCAAAAUAAAGUACUUUCUUUUUACCAAAGUUAAGUGAUCCAGAAGUUAAUAAACCACUGAAACUGAAAGACCAAGCCGGGUUAUUGCAGAAUCCUUGCGCUUUGGAUUUCAAGUUGAACAACCAUUAUCAGCCGCCAUCUUGGUUUCUCCUAAUCCCAAGCUCCACUCGGUCAAAGUUUGAGGAGAAUACUGGGGGAGGGGUGAGGUGAGGCGGCGAGGAGUUGCCAAGAUAAAGUGAACAGUAUUCGAGAGGUGUAAAAGCCUCCUUUGCAGUUGAUUUACCGGAUUUAAAGUGUUUUCUUUAAUUCUUUCCUAUCCCAUGUAUCGAAAACAUAAGACUGGCAUGUUGCUAGACAGGCAUCCCAAGCCUAGACGCUUGGUAGGAUCUGUAGAGAGCCCAUGCAUUUCACGUUGGAAACUGCGAAAACCUUCGUUACUCCUUUAAAUCAAUCGAUGGAUAACACAGGAUCGUUAAACCAACCUAAAAAUUUUCUAAAAGCUCAAAGACAAAAUAUAGCAACAGUAAAUAAGAUUUUUACUGAGAGGAGGUGGGUUCUGUACAGUCGGCGACAGAGCCGAAGAAGGAAUUGCCUAUGGCAAUCUCGGCAAUGAUUAUCACUUCCAUGGCGAUAACCAAUAAGCAUUUGCGUAAAACAAGCAAUACCAGAGCAUUGCUAAGGAAGUUGGCGACAGGGCAGGAGAAGGGCGUGCCUCUGGCAAUCUCGGCAAGGAUUAUCACACCCUUGGCGACUACCAACAAGCAUUAGAGUACCACAAGCAAGCCCCGAACAUUGCUAAGGAAGUAGGCGACAAGGCCAGAGAAGGACGUGCAUAUGGCAAUCUUGGCAAGGAUUAUCACCGUACAGGCCUACUCUGGGACCUUAGCUCGCCGCGAGAUUGUGUGAGCUAGUGCAAUAUUAGGUGAGUUGAGGCGAGAUAAGGAAAAAUUGCUCUUGACUAUCAGUUGCGAGUUUUUGCGAGUUAAGGCGAGUUAGGGGAAAAUGAUCCACCUAACGUUAAGGUGAUAAGGGUUAAAUCAUAUAAUGUGCUUUAGUAUCAUAAAUAAAAAGAUGCCUUCCAAUCUUUGUAUGUUUUAAUUAUAUGUUGUAAAAGGCUCCAUGUUGCCCAAUUACGAAGAAAAAAAUUAAACGAAAUUCUCAACGUUCAACCACUUACGGGAUAAAUUACAACCAAACAAGAGGUGCUUCGGAGAAUGGAACCAGUGGCUUUAAUGUGGUCAGUGAUGCACAUCGCAGCACACGGAAAAAAGGAAACUGGUGAAAUUGCAUUGGAUUCAAACCCCGGUUGGCAACUCAAGACUAGUCUUGCUAUGGAGGAGGGCACCAAGCUAUAUUAAACUGAGGGCGCGAGGCUGGUUGAGCUAAGUUGCUACCAUAGUGCUCAAGGAGAGGUAUCGUCUGAGGGUGUGGUUGGCAUGGCAUGUGCUUUCUUCUUUGCUGGUGCUCUUUUUGUGCUGGUAAUACACUGGAAAAUUUCUGAGGAAGCCACAAUGGUGAUUAUGAGAUGUUUCUAUCGACACCAGAGAAGUGGAAAGAGGACUAGCGCUGCUUUCCAGAAGGCCAUGAAACGACUUCGAGAUUCGGACCAGUUUUUCAUCUCCAAAGUAACGGGCUCCAUUUGUGCUAAUUGGCGAUGACGUGAAGAUUGAAUUUGAUAAAGUGCAUUGAGGAAGUUGUAAGUAAAGACUUUUUGUUCUUGCUUUAAAUUAUUUAGAGCCCUAAUAAAAGAAGGUUUAAGGUUUUAUAAUAGUCAAAUAAAAUAACGGAAUUGGCAGAAUAUAACUUGUAAAAGAUGUGAAAAUAUUUGAAGAAUAUGGAUGGAUGGUUGAUCCAUGGGUCCCCCAGCAGGCAGGUGUGCUUCAUGCUAUCUCUCUGAUUUCAAUGAAACUUGGCCAGUUUAAAGGGUCUACCCUAAAACUCAAAAAGACAUCGAGUGGAGGGAAGCGACGACUGGAAAUACGUCAGCUUUCGCAAGCUUAUCCUAACUGGUCCUUAAGUUGUUCAAAGGGUGGAUGGCAAUCCACAAAUCACUUCCCAGCGGAUAUAAAGUAUAAGCUUGAGUAUAAGGAAAAACAACUGCUUUAUUCCCUGUGGAUAGAGAUUAAUCCGGUGGGUAAUGCUCUCAAUACCCUGGGUACCGAGAGGGUUCCUUUUAACUCUCUUUCGCUUUGGGGAAAACAGAAUUGACGGGUGAGGGCGACCUCCCAGCUGAGGCAUGGACAUGUGUUUCCAUGUUCGCGCCUCAGACCUUUUUAAGAGGGAAAUAUAUAUCCGUAACAAGAGUUUCCAAAAGCCUUUGUUUCAUGUAGUCAGGACAUGCAGUUAGGGGAUACCCAAUAGGGUUCUUCAAUCCCGUCAUCCCAACCCGAUGCAAAUCCCGUAAUCCCGAUGGUUUUUUUUUUCGGCAUCCCGCAUCCAGUGCAUACUUUCAAACCCGAUUUUGCCUUCAAACACCGAAUCCCGGCCUUCAAAUAAGGAAACCAAUCCCGGAACCCGUAACACCUAUACCUAUCACACCUACUGGAGAACUUAUUGUCCGUGUCGGUACGUAUACUCUACUGUUGAAUAAGCGAUUGACUUUGUUCGAUGCCGUUGCAAACCUUCGUUCUGUCGUUGGUCGUGAUGGCAUUUGUGUUAUGUCAGAUCAAGGUUCAUGUUUAUUUUGAGACUCGAAUGAGAAUGAUUGAUAUCUUUACGAUUAUCUCUCUUCAUAUCGUUUGAAAGUACUGCAGCUCAUAUUACAGUCAAACCAGGUCAAGCGUUCCCGUCGCUAACAAACUAAUGAAUUCAUUAAUGGAAAAAUGAUUUCGUUUGUUGAUUCAAUAAUCCAUUCAUAAAAUGAAUAAUCCAACGGUCAAAUUGUACCUCGAUUCAAUAAUCAAAUGUUGAUUUGGUUUAUGAACAAAAUCUACCUGUUCUUUAUUCUUGUCUGUUGUGUUCAAUCGUAUUUGCUUCCCUUUUCCUGCCGUUUACGAUUGCGUUUUUAAUUGCCUUUAAUCAAAAUAACAGCUAGAAUAGACAGACCGCAAACGCAAAGAAACUGACAAAGGCCGAGGAUCGAAAUCCACCAAUCACCGCACAUACACUGACCUCAGUUUGACCGUCGCGUUUUCUAAGAGGUCAGGCCUAGGUCUGUUGCACUGAUUAUUGGUAGCAAACUGGCGUACAUGUAACAGUUUGUUUGGGUUUGAACUUCAGAACUCGCCAGCACUCGACUCUCAGAAAAAAAAAGAGGAAAAAACAAAAUUCUGAGGUCAACUUGUGGAAAGUGUAAUUUUUCAAAAAACAGUAAUUGAAUCAACAUUCGAUUAUGGAAUCGAGGCUAAAUAUGUCUAUUGGAUUGUUCAUUUUAUGAAUGGAUUAUUGAAUCAACAAACGAAAUCAUUUUUCCGUGAAUGAAUUCAUUAGUUCGUUAGCGACGGGAACGCUUGACCUGGUUUGACUGUAAAUAACAUCUAAGAGCAUUGCUUAUACUAAACGCGAGGAUUUUUGCGGAUUACGGGUGUAAAGAACACAGACACAGCGUAAGCUGAGUAAGCCGUGGGGCUUACCUUAAUAAUUCGUCAAGUAGCUUUAUAUCAAAAGGCUGGUCUUACAUCAUUAAAGGACAAAAAAUCGAUAACAACCUGAAGCUUUCACAAAAACAUUCUAACAUAGUAUAGAUUGAAACAAGCUUAUAUCACGUUGAAAACUAAUUGGGUGAUUUAUUAACUUUUUUUGAACGCAGUGAUUGGGGUGAAAAGCAAGUUAUAGGGGACAACUAUUUAAAAACUUGCCUGAUCUGAAUAAGACAAUGUAAGGCGUGGUUAAAGCUCUACUUGACCAGACCAGAAAGAUGCAUGUACCAUGCGUGAUGAUGCUCGUCAUCCUGUAGGUCGGUUUUCAUUACUACACUGAGGACUUAAUAUAUUGACGUCCCAUCCAGGACGACUACACCUCCACGGAAGUAAUAGCAAGAUCGAAAAUUUACAUAACAAAAACACUACAAGCUCGUCGGAAGGACAAGGGGGUGGGAGCCCCGGAAAAUAGGUAGCGGAAGGGGUGCGGGAGUUGGGAGAGUGGAGGGUGGGGGGUGAGGGUUCUUAAAGGGUUGGAAGAGGGCCGACAUAGAAUAGGGCAUCUGUUCACAGCGCCCAUCUUGAAAGUGGAAUGUUUAAUAUCGGAUAGGUUUCUGUGACACUCUUUGGCAAGUGUGAACCGCACAUUGGUGGGUAACACUUCAUUCGUUAGCAGGAUGCGGCUCAAGCAUGAUCCAGGAUUCGAUAAUCGCCAAAAUAGCUUAACCUUUCUUUUGUUUAAUCGAUUGCCUCUGCAACAUUACCAUAAGUGUAUCAUUUUUUCUUUUCAUGUCCUCCCAAAUUUCACUCGUUUUUAGUUGAAUUGAACAGUUAAACAGAAAAAUCUCUCAGGGGUUUCCAAAGACAGCCGUUAGUUUUGAAACAAUUAAACCUAUCAUUUUGCACCGAGAGAGUUUCUUUCACUAUAAUUCUCUCUUCGCUGGUGAGUAACACAACAGCUCUGCCCUUUUGUUUUGACGUAAGCUCCAAAAAAAAAAAACAUUGGCGUUCUUUACUAGCUCGAGCCUUUUUAGGUCCUCGCACAUUCCAAAGGUUUUGGCUGUUUUCCCAUAAAGAGUCUUAGAAACAUAUUUUCACUCCUUAAAACACACGCACAUUCGCACAUUAGCAUGAAGCUUUGCUACACAAGGAACGUAUAAUUACGAAAUAAAUUUGUCGUGUACAGUGAUUAACAACCGCAGAAACUAAAGAGGCCACUUUUAACAAUCGUAAUGAUCUAGAUACUCCGAAAUAAUAAUAUAAUGUAAUGAUCACAUCAAGGUUCAUGUUAUUUUAAGAUUCAAGCGGAAAUGAUUGAUACUGCGGGUUUACGAUUAACUUUCUUCGUGACUUCAAAGUAAUGCUCAUAAUGAAUAAAUUUUAAGCGCUAAGAUCUUUAGGAUUAUCUGUACAUUAAAGACCGACAAAGGGUAAUCUUUAUGAUUAUUAAAGAAGCUUCAUAACACGAGGUUGGUCAUAUUGUAUUCUUUUUACCUCUUUUGCAAAGAAUUGAUAGCGAGCUUUAACAAUAGUAUUCCACAUUAUACUGGAUUGAAACAACUUACUAGGCUGAAGGUAGUUGAGUGAUAAUUUUUCGUCGUUCAUCUAAAGCUCUUAGAUAUAGACCAUGCCUUAAUAUACCUGAGUUGGCUCGACUGUAGCUCGACUGCAGCACGACACUAGCACGACUUGGUUUCAGACGUCGAAUUUAAUUCAGUCGAAUAGAACGGCUGUUGCCGAAAACAAAACACAGAAAUAAAGAAACGGUUUAGCAAACUUUUAAAUGUAUUCUAAUGUAUUUAUAAUUUAUGAAUUGAGUUCGGCGCGGCAGUAGCGCGACGUUUGAAACCAAGUCGACAUACUGCCGUGCUAAAGUCGAAUUUAAUUCGAUCAAUUGAGUUCGGCACGGCAGUUGCACGACGUUUGAAACGAGCCUAAGGCACAGAAUUGACCUAAAACAGUAAUCUCCUUGCCUCAUGACAUGGACACUCUAACUAAGAGAAAACAACUUUCAAACCCAGUUUUACGGACAACCAGGAGGCUCCUGGGACAACUCGUUACGGACAGUUUGCUUUAUACCCAAGGAAAGUUCGUCUAAUUUCACCCCGCCUAAACGAUCACUUUCUACUUUCAUGGCCCCGUCAUUGUCCCAAUUAACGAGGUUUGACCCAUGUAAGAACGCUUCAAAAAAAAUAGAUUUGCAAAUAUUCCCUAAUGGCAAAAAUGGACCAAAGAUCACUUAAAAACGGAGAAGUAAAUCUGGAGCAAAAACGGUAAUGCCACAUUUGCAUACCAAUUAACAUGGGGUUGGUUGUAAAUAAGGAAGUAAAUGUGGCAUUUACCGGCCAGGUUUGCGCCAGAUUUAACCGUCAGUUUUCAAAUUGCGACAUAUUUGCCAAGAGCAAUUUUGGGCGAAUCCAUUUUUCGACCAAUUAUUAUAACACGGUAAGACGGUCUCUCAGGCAGUGCCCAACAAUUCGUGCUCUACUCUUAAUGAAAUGAUCAUGUAUGGUGUUCUUUUGGCAUGUUUGUCUUUUUACUGUAAACAGAAAUUGACCUCCCGACGGCAGUGAAAGCAAGAAUAUCUCACUUUAAAAGAGGUCUCUACUCAAGAGAAUCAUACUUCAUAUACUAGAAAAAAGAGCGUACCGGCUUUAUAGAUUAACUCCAAACUGAAACUGUACUAAUCACUGCACAAUAAUUCGUCGAGUCUUUCGAAAACCUGUUUUAGUUUACAAGUGUUUACAUGUGUUUGGAGUGUUCUUUUAUUUCGAUCUAUUAUUUUGAUGACACAAAAGAUAGUAAGUAUAACUCAAACUUGAUUUACAUAUUCAGUGUGACAAAUUCUGUAGCGAAUCCAGGAAAAGACAUUCAAACUGCCAAUAAUUAAUAUAACUCAAGGAUACCUUUCAUUACAAAAUAUUUAUUUUUCGGCAGGGUCAAUGACCUGAUAAUCUGCAACGCGAAAUUUCUUCUUGUUCAACUUAUUGAUAUGUCAGCGAUCACGUUCACUAAAAGAUUCUGAUGAGUCAUCAAACACGAGUAUUCUACACAUCCUCGAGGUGUACACAUAAAGGCUACCUUUUCAUUUGAUCCAAAAACACUGAUUCAACAAUGACUUUCAGAAAAUGGAAUUUCGUCUUCCUUGUCCUUACCGAUUUCAUUGUUCCUAGUUGUUUUGCAAAAAACAAACCUCAAAGCGACGUUUCCGACUCAGCGAUGUACACAAGUGAUAAACCACGUCAACCGAUGGGCCAAACCUUUAACAUCAACAACUGGGGCUUCGGAAGCGCUGAUCGAAAAACUUUAAUGCAGAUAAAAUCCAAAAUUGACUCUCUUUAUGAGCCGAAAUCGACCCCAACAGGUAAGUCAUUUACAUUUAAUAUAUUUGAAAAUUAUAGGCUUGAUAUUAAAAGAGUGGCUGAUAUCACGAGGCUCAAUGAGAUAAUACUAAGGAAAUAUGUUCUAGUUUCAGUUUGUCCUCAAGAUGGUUGGGUCCGCUACGGAAACUUCGGUUACCUCAUCAUCAACAUUCGAACCCUAAAAUGGAGCGAUGCUCGACGAACAUGUCAGAUGCUUGGAGGAGACCUCGCUAUAAUAAAAUCAACCGAUGAGAAUAACUUCGUAUUCACCUUGCUCAAGAAACAGAAAACCAUCACCGAUUGGGGUGUGUGGCUUGGUUUUGUUCGCAAGGCGGACAACAAGUUCUAUUGGAUUGAUGACACUCCACUGGCGAAAGGUUACACGGCUUGGGCAAGCCGCCAGCCAGACAAUUCUGGUGGAAAUGAAAAGUGUGGAAACAUGUUUGGCUCGAUAAAAGGCGUAGGAGGCAAGUGGAACGACUUACCUUGCGAUGUUACACGUUAUUGGAAGUAUGCCCCAGUUAUCCUUUGCAAGAAAAAGCAAAUUAGGUGA